UGCCGGAGAAGAACGGAGAGUCCGCCGGAGAAGAUCGGAGAAGAGCCUCUUAAUGGAUAAUAACAUGCACGAAGAGAAAACGGAAGUGAGAGAAGCUCUUCUACUAGAUCAGGGCUCUAACACUAAGAAGGGCGGUUUUCGAACCAUUCCUUUCAUCAUAGCUAACGAGACAUUCGAAAGAGUUGCCAGUUAUGGACUGUCAUCGAACAUGAUAACCUACCUGAUGAAUGAAUACCAUUUGGAGAUGAUUUCUAGCUCCAAUAUUCUCUAUUGUUGGUCCGCCACUACCAAUUUAUUCCUCGUAAUCGGUGCGUACUUCUCCGAUUCCCUUGUUGGCCGUUACCGGAUGAUCGCUUAUGGCUGCAUUUUCAGCUUCCUGGGAACAGUAAUUUUGUGGCUGACGGCUAUGAUUCCACAAGCAAGACCUACUCCAUGUGUAGAUUCAUCCAACAAUUGUAUCUCCCCAACAAUCAAUCAACUCAUGUUUUUGUGCUCUUCGUUCUUGCUCAUGUCCAUUGGAGCUGGGGGUAUCCGGUCGGCUUCAAUGGCCUUCGGCGCAGAUCAGCUCCAAGAUGAUGCACAGAGCUUGAACAGAACAGGUGCCAUGGAGACUUACAUAAACUGGUACAAUGCUACCUCCGCAUUGUCAGUUGUGAUUGCGAUGACAUUUAUUGUGUAUAUUCAAGAUAACUUGGGCUGGAAAAUUGGCUUUGGGGUUCCUUUCGUGCUCAUGUUCUUAUCAGCCCUUUCUUUCUUCUGGGCUUCCUCUUUGUAUGUGAAAUCAAAGCCGAAUUCCAGCUUGAUCACAGGGUUUAUUCAAGUGAUCGUAGCUUCUUUCAAGAAGAGAAAUCUUUCUUUGCCAUCCAAUGAAAAGGAUUUGUUGUAUCACCACGAUAUGAAUUCUAUACUAUCCGUUCCUAGCGAGAAAAUAAGGUUUUUGAACAAAUCUUGUAUGAUCGAAGAUCCAAAUGAGGACCUUAUUAGUCCAAACGGAAGUGCAUUAAAUCCAUGGACCCUUUGCACUGUGGAUCAAGUGGAAGCCUUGAAGAAACUAAUCAUGCUAAUCCCUCUUUGGUCCACAGGGAUCCUCCUGUCUGUAAAUGUCAGCCAACCAUCAUUCCCAGUCUUGCAGGCCGGUUCAAUGGACAGACGCAUCACACAAAAUUUUGAAAUACCAGCCGCAUCCUUCUCCUUAUUCAUGAUCAUUUCCUUGGUGGCUUGGGUAUUGCUAUACGACCGCAUUCUCAUUCCAGUAGCAUCUUAUAUUCUAGGAAGGCCUGCACGGUUGAGCCCCAUCACUAGGAUGGGACUAGGGAUAUUCAUAUCAUUCUUAUCCGUGGUUGUGGCAGCUUACGUGGAGAGUGUGAGGCGAUCUGUUGCAAUAAAAGAAGGGCUUGUGGAUAAUCCGAAAGGUAUGGUUCCAAUGUCUGCGUUUUGGCUAUUGCCUCAACACAUGUUGAUGGGUGUGGCGGAGGCACUCAAUAUGGUGGCUCAGAUAGAGCUGUAUAUGUGUGAGUUGCCUAGAGGUAUGACUAGCAUUGCGGCUAAUCUUUCAACCAUUUCCAUGGGUUUAGGUGGAAUAUUAGCUAGCUUUAUAAUGAAUAACAUUGAUGGGAUUACCAAAGCAGGAGGAAAUGAGAGUUGGGUCUCUAGUAAUAUUAACAAAGGUCACUAUGAUUACUUUUAUUGGGUUCUUGCUGGCCUUAGUUUGGUUAAUGUUUUCUAUUUUAUGGUUUGUAGUAGGCAAUAUUAUGCCUUUACAAGAGUGAAUUGAAAGAGAUAAUUUUUUUUUUUAUUAUCUUAAAUAGUUAUGUAAGAACUGUAACAUGACA